AUGGACGAUCAUAGAAAAGUAUCGUUAUUAAAACAUAGUCAAUAUAGUCUUCCAACUGUUCCUCAAAAAACUAUAGAUCCAAAAUUUAUAGUUGUUCUAUUUUGUGUUGAAGCAGGUGCUCUAUUUUUUAAUAGUCUUCAUGUUACAUCACCAGAAGUUCACCUUUAUAAUACAUAUAAUCAAAUACCUAUUAUUUAUAAUAUAUCUUCUCAAAUUUAUUCUUGUUUUACAACAGUAAAUCAUUGUAUAUAUGAACAUCAUGAUUUACGUUUUCUUAAAUUGAUACAUUUAAUAUUUAUAUCAACGAUUGUUAUGUGUUAUUUAUCUUUGUUUAUUAUUAUACUUAGUAAAUGGGAAAAUACAAAAAUUCGAAAUGAUUUAGGUAUAACAUGGUAUGGUGCUAUACAAUUAUUAGUUUUAUUAACACUAUCAUUACAUACACUUAUAAUGGUUAUUAUUUAUGAACGUGAUCAUAUAAAUAUUUCAAAAUGUAAUAAAGAAAGUCGUUUAGUACGUGUAGAAAAUCUUUUUACAUAUGUUGUACUUAGUAUGCUUGAAGUAGCUUAUAUUGGUUUUGAUAUAUUAAAUCGUCAAGCAUCAAUACAUGCAUUACAUCAAAAUUUUGAAUAUCGUGCACGUGUAGCUGAACAUUUAGCGCCUUCAGAAGAUUUUAAUUAUGUUAAUAUUACUCAUCGUCCACAUCACUCAUCAAAUGAAAGUUUUGAAACUGUUAACCAAGAUUUUCAUUCAGAUUUAGUUGAGUUUUAA